CCGGACAUCACAAAAGAUGUCGGUCAGUACCAUGCCAGCAAAGCUAACUAUCCAAUUACAAUUUGCCACAUAAGUCAAAAGUAAAAUUGAAGGCCUGGAAUCCAAUUAAACUGUUUAAAAGGUUUAAUCUUCCACAAAAUUUCCUCGUCCUUUUGAUCGAUCUUAAAGACCCUCCUCAAGGUUCUAGUCCCUUCCGCUUUCACUGGAACGCAGCCCUUUUUUUUCUUACCUUCAAUCAUGGCCGAUAACACCGCCACCGCCACUACACCGCCGGAAAACAAACCUCAGCCGACGCCGACGAAGCGAUGGGCUGACGAAGUGGACGAACCUCCAAUCAUGGCCGAUAACACCGCCACCGCCACUACACUGCCGGAAAGCAAACCUCAGCUGACGCCGACGAAGCGAUGGGGUGACGAAGAGGACGACCCCGUCGAGGAAUCGACGAUCUCCAGUUCGAGUUUGGAGCUUGAGAACUUGAAAAUCGACGAGAACAAGAAGAUUAACAAGUUCCUCGACGACCCUGAAGACUCCAAUAUCAAAGCCGUUACGUCGGGGGAUACGCCGUAUUCAUCGGCGAGUACGUUUGAGGAUUUGAAUCUGUCGCCUGAGCUGUUGAAGGGUUUGUACGUGGAGAUGAAGUUCCAGAAGCCCAGUAAGAUUCAAGCUAUAAGUUUGCCGAUGAUAUUGACUUCUCCAUACAAGGAUUUGAUAGCUCAGGCACAUAAUGGGUCCGGGAAAACUACCUGUUUCGUGCUUGGGAUGUUGAGUCGUGUUGAUCCAAACCUCAAGGCUCCUCAGGCUCUUUGCAUCUGUCCCACUAGGGAGUUGGCUAUUCAGAACAUGGAAGUUCUUAGAAAGAUGGGGAGGUACACAGGCAUAAGUUCGGAGUGUGCUGUUCCAGACAGCACAAAUCAUAUUAACAUUUACAAACGGCCACCAGUUUCUGCACAAAUAGUGAUUGGAACUCCUGGUACAAUAAAGAAAUGGAUGUCGGCAAAGAAAUUGGGUGCAUCUAAUGUGAAGAUUCUUGUUUUUGAUGAGGCUGAUCACAUGCUGGCUGAGGAUGGCUUUAAAGAUGAUUCCUUAAGGAUUAAGAAGGAUAUUGAGAGAAGUAGUCGUCACUGCCAGGUGCUUCUGUUUUCUGCUACAUUUAAUGAAACCGUCAAGAAUUUUGUUUCUAAGAUAGUCAAAGAUUACAAUCAACUUUUUGUGAAGAAAGAAGAACUAUCUCUGGAUGCUGUGAAACAGUACAAAGUGUUCUGUCCUGAUGAACUCACCAAGAUUCAAAUUAUUAAAGAUAGAAUAUUUGAACUAGGAGAGAACCUGGGGCAAAGAAUUAUAUUUGUGCGCACAAGAAAUAGUGCAAGCAUGCUGCAUAAGCAACUUGUUGACGACGGUUAUUCAGUUACUACCAUCCAAGGUGCUAACACUCCCGAGGAGAGGGAUAAAAUAGUCAGAGAAUUUAGAGAUGGUUUGACUCAAGUUCUUAUAUCAACCGACCUGCUUGCUCGAGGCUUUGACCAACAACAGGUCAAUUUGGUAAUAAAUUAUGAUCUCCCUGUGAAACAUGAAACUCAAGAGCCAGAUUAUGAGGUGUAUUUACAUAGAAUUGGCAGGGCCGGGCGUUUUGGUCGCAAGGGAGCUGUUUUCAAUUUUAUUUACGGUGGUAGGGAUGAAGAAAUCAUGGCUAAAAUUGAGCAGUAUUUUGGCGCUCAAGUGACAGAGGUCAAGAAUAGUGAUGAAGCCUUUCAAGAUGCUCUGAAGGCCGCUGGUUUACUGUAAUUAUCUUGUGAAAGAAGUAGAGCUUUUUAUGAAGUGUUUUCACAAGCAGUGAGAGUGAUUUUGCAAGGGAAAAGUUGAGUUCUUGUUGCACAUGUAAUAAAUUAUAUUUAAAUACGAACUUUUAUCAGUUUUCGGUCAUGUUUUAUUUAUUUAUUAUUAUUUUUUUAA